GGGUGUAUUCCCACCAUGGCCGUGCUGUAGUGGUCAACGCUGCCCAGCUGGCCUCCUACUCUCAGAGCAAAACAGGCUCUUAUAGAGACAGAGCAACAGGCUCUUAUAGAGACAGAGCAAAGGCUCUUAUAGAGACAGUGUCCUCCUACUCUCAGAGCAAACAGGCUCUUAUAGAGACAGGGUAUUUUGUGGACGGCAUCUUCCUCCAUUUCUGUGCCAGUAUGAUCAGCGGGUUGGUAACCACGGCAGCGUCCAUGCCCGUCGACAUCGUCAAGACCAGGAUUCAGAACAUGAGAAUGAUCGAUGGGAAACCCGAGUUUAAGAAUGGUCUGGACGUCCUGACCAGGGUGAUUCGUAACGAAGGAUUCUUCUCUCUGUGGAAGGGUUUCACUCCAUACUACGCCAGACUGGGACCUCACACCGUCCUCACAUUCAUUCUCCUGGAACAGAUGAACAAGGCUUAUAAAGUCUACUUCCUGGAUUAGAGACUGGAUAAAUAAGGAUUGGGGAAGGGAGCUGAUCCUAGUUCUGCAACUACGGGAAACUUCACCCCGGAGCCACACACACACACACACUCACACACACACAGAAGCAGGCGCACACAGACUGAAGCA